AAUAAGCUUAUUGGUACGCUUAUUUGUAAAUAAGCUUAUCAGUACAAAAACUCUCGAGUCUUACUCCAGAUUGCAAAAGUUUUUUUUCGAUUGAUUAAAGCCAAUUGAACCAAAUCAAAACUCAAAAUCAAUCUUCAACAAACCACAAUGACCUCGCCCUCCAUUCUGGAGCGUUGCAUCUUCUGCAAAAUCGUCGCCGGCAAGGAUCCAAACGCCACCAUAGUGUACGAAAACGAACGGCUCAGUAUCUUCAAAGAUAUUCGGCCGGCUGCCGAGCACCACCUGCUAGCGGUUCCCAAACAGCACAUUGACGAUGUGCGCGCUCUGACCGGCACCGAUAGACCGCUGCUAGAGGAAAUGAAACGGGAGCUCGAGAACGUACUGAGGGACCAGCACCAGGUGGAGUUGGGACAGGCGCUGUUCGGGUUCCACAUACCGCCGUUUACUACGGUUAAACAUCUGCACAUGCACGGGAUUGCUCCGACUAGUGGGAUGGGUUUCAUAUCCCGAAUGAUUUUCAAACCUAACACCAUGUGGUUCAAUACGGCUCAAGCUGUUCUCGAUAGACUUCCAACUGUGCAAUCCGAAGGAUAAAGGGCUGAAUGAAUUGCAGCUCAAAUUAUUGCGACCUAUGUUCAGCUUCACAUUUGUGUUUUCUCCCAUAAGUAGGUUCUUGAAAAAUUAUCAAUUUUUGUUCAAAUUCUCAAUCGAUGGUCUAGGAAAAAAAAAGAUAAAGUUUUCAAAAGUACUGGUUCAUGUGUGAAUGUCAGAUUUUGAGAACUUUUCCCUCAAGCUAAUAAUUUUGAAAUCUCAAUCAUAUUUUGUUAGGCAUUUUAACGUUUACCCUCAAGUUUGCUGGAAGGGUGCGCACGGCACCCUUUCAAAUAAACGUAUUUCAAAUCAAAUCAAGUUUGCUGAUUCAAGAACUAAUACCAAUUUAAAGUUGCAAACUAAAAUUACUAACCCUCAGUUCAAAUUUUGGGUCCUGUUGUAGAUUGCUGCCUAAUAAAAAUGUUGAGACAUGUAAUAUCCACUACGUAAAGAAAUAUAUGCCUUAAAUAUGGUUUAAAUAAAUCAUCUCCUUUAUAGCGUAUAUGAAUCAUAAUUAUCGCAGAAAUACAACAAACACAGGUUCACUUACCUUAGCUACAGACAUUGUGAAGUAAUCAAAUUUUGGUAAUGUUGCACGUACUCUCCACAUUGUUCAUCUGCAAAUAU